GUGCUAUAAAACAUUUUACAGGCCAGUACUCGAAAUCAAAUCUCUUGUUAACCUUAGUUGUGUGUUGUAUUAUCUUGAUUAAACAGCUCUAAACAUGGAGGACGAAACACCCGCUAUUGUUGUCGACAAUGGAUCAGGUAUGUGCAAAGCCGGUUUUGCUGGAGAUGACGCUCCCCGAGCUGUCUUCCCCUCCAUCGUUGGACGACCCAGACAUCAAGGUGUCAUGGUCGGCAUGGGACAGAAGGACUCCUACGUAGGAGACGAAGCCCAGAGCAAGAGAGGUAUCCUCACCCUGAAGUACCCCAUCGAGCACGGAAUCGUCACCAACUGGGAUGAUAUGGAGAAGAUCUGGCAUCAUACCUUCUACAACGAGCUCCGUGUCGCCCCCGAGGAACACCCCGUCCUUCUGACCGAGGCUCCCCUCAACCCUAAGGCCAACAGAGAGAAGAUGACCCAAAUCAUGUUCGAGACCUUCAACUGCCCCGCUAUGUACGUCGCUAUCCAGGCUGUCCUCUCCCUGUACGCUUCCGGCCGAACCACCGGUAUCGUUCUGGAUUCUGGAGAUGGUGUUACCCACACCGUCCCAAUCUAUGAAGGUUAUGCCCUCCCUCACGCCAUCAUCCGUCUGGAUUUGGCUGGCCGAGAUCUGACCGACUACUUGACCAAGAUCCUGACCGAGAGGGGUUACUCUUUCACCACCACCGCUGAGAGGGAAAUCGUCCGUGACAUCAAGGAGAAACUCUGCUACGUCGCUCUCGACUUCGAGCAGGAGAUGCAGACCGCUGCCAGCUCCAGCUCUCUCGAGAAGUCCUACGAACUCCCCGACGGACAGGUCAUCACCGUCGGAAACGAGAGAUUCAGGGCUCCAGAGGCACUCUUCCAGCCCGCCUUCAUUGGUCUUGAAAUCCCCGGCAUCCACGAGAACACCUACAACUCCAUCAUGAAGUGCGAUAUUGAUAUCCGUAAGGAUCUGUACGCCAACACCGUCCUUUCCGGAGGAACCACCAUGUACCCCGGUAUCGGUGACAGGAUGCAGAAGGAGAUCACCACUCUUGCCCCACCCACAAUGAAGAUCAAGAUCAUUGCUCCUCCAGAGAGGAAAUACUCCGUAUGGAUCGGAGGAUCCAUCCUUGCUUCUCUGUCCACCUUCCAGCAGAUGUGGAUCUCCAAGCAAGAAUAUGACGAGUCUGGUCCCGCAAUUGUCCACAGGAAAUGCUUCUAAGAAGGACAUUAUAGAAGACCUAAGGAUUCUAACACCUUGCCCGCCAGGCUGAUUAUAAUACCAGGGCAACUUUGCUUGCAAAGUCGACUUAGGCCAACGGAACACCAACGGUAGUUUUAGGAGGAAACACGAAGAAUUGUAUAUUAUAUUUUUUUAGAUGUAAUAUUUAUAUUGUACAAAGUUUCAUCAAA